AUGUACGACUAUGCGCUUGUCCACGCCAUCUACACCAUCCCCCUAGCAAUCACCCUGACCGUAAUCCUGGGCCCCCUGUUCACGCGGCGAGAUGUGUACAAAAUCUGCUUUUUGCAGGUCAUAGCAGUUUCGUACACUAUUCCAUGGGAUUCAUACCUCAUUAGAACCAAGGUUUGGACGUAUCCUGCAGAUGUCAUUCUAGGGCCGAAGCUUUUGGAUAUCCCGGCGGAAGAAGUCUUCUUCUUCGUGAUCCAGACUUAUAUUACAACAUGUCUGCAAAUAAUACUCAGCAAAUCAGUCCUCACAGCGAUCUAUCUACGCAAUGAGGCGGAUCCCGAGAACCCAUCUGGCAAAUCCCUGAUACCAUGGAAACGUGCUGGUCAAGUCAUCUUCACGUUGGCCUCAAUAGUACCUAUCCUCCUACGAGGUGGUAAUGCUGAGGGCACCUAUAUGAGAUUGAUCCUUGCCUGGGCCGCUCCCGUCUUGUUGAUGCUCUGGACCUUUGCCUACCAGCUGCUCAUACUGUUGCCUUGGACGAAGACCUGGUUACCAAUCGCCCUGCCAACACUGUAUCUCUGGAUCGUCGACACCCUUGCUCUGCGUAGGGGCACUUGGAGCAUAGAACUGGGAACCAAACUCGGCAUUCAUGUCUGGCCACAUCUUGAAAUCGAGGAGGCGGUCUUCUUUCUGAUCACCAAUAUCCUUGUCGUCUGGGGCUCGGUUUCUUUUGAUAAUGCCUUCGCCAUCCUGGACGCCUUCCCACAAUAUUUCCCCGUCGUUCCAGGCACACCGUCGCCGUUGUUGUUACUGAAAGCGUUGUUCCUGCCGACCUCCAAGUAUGACAGCAACCGUCUGCGUGGUCUGCAAAAUUCCCUGACGGUGCUUGCGAGGAAAAGUCGGUCAUUCUAUCUCGCCUCAGGCGUCUUUUCUGGUCGCCUGAGAAUCGAUCUCAUCCUGCUGUACGCGUUCUGCAGAGUGGCAGAUGAUCUGAUCGACGACGCACCUUCUGCGGAGGAGGCAGACAGAUGGGUGAAACACUUCUCAAAUUUCCUCGACACUGUUUACUCUCCAAAGAGUGACCCAAUCCGACUUCAGCAUGCCUUGUCUCCUUUCCCACCAAAGGCACAGACCAUUCUGAUGCUGCUGCCUUCUGAUAAGUUACCCUCGGAACCACUCUACUCGCUGUUGGACGGUUUCCGGAUAGACCAGGAAUUCUUCGCCAAGGAUGCCAACGAGAAUCCGCCGAUAAAGACAUUCGCUGACCUUGAGCGAUAUGCCACAUGUGUUGCGGCGACCAUCGGGGAGUUGUGCCUCAACUUGGUCUACCAACACAACCCUGAUCAUGGUGUCAAUCCAGAAACGAGACAGAAAUGUCUGGCGGCCGGAGCACGAAUGGGACGAGCACUACAAUAUGUCAACAUUGUGCGAGAUGUUCAAACUGACGCUGAAGUUGGAAGAUGUUACAUUCCCCACGACUGGUUCGCCAAAUCGUCAGCGUCCUCGCCCAAUGCUCAAAAGCAAGAGACCUUGAUCCAUCGAAAAGAAAUACUGGACACAGCGUUCAGGAUAUACGCCGACAACCGUGACGCCAUUGAAGAGCUCCCGUCCUACGCGCGAAGUGGCAUUCGGGUCGCGGUCGAAAGUUAUAUGGAGAUUGGGAGGAUCUUGCGGUAUCGCAUACAGCAUGGCCAACCCCUGGACUUCGCCGGCAGUGGGAAGAAGGGAAGGGCAAGUGUCCCCAAAUCCAAAAGAAUCUGGGUAGGAUGGAGGACAAUGGCAGGAUGGAGAGGCUCAGCCUGA